AUGGCCACGGGCGCCCAAGACUCAGAUCAUGCUCCCGAGCUCCGCGCCGCCUCCAAUCAGCCGGAUGGGCUGAGGUCUCCGCCCGGAGACCGGGCUCGGGGGACGAGGAGGAGGUCGUCAACCCUGGGGCGUGCUGUGCGCAAUAUCGAGAGCUUCAACCGAAACCUAGGGUCGCCGCUCUGGCUCGAUGGGGAGGACCUCAAUGCCAUCGAGAUCGCCGACAGGAAGAUCGCCCAGAGACGUCUGUGGGCCGAGCACUAUCAGGGGGUGCCCGACUUUGCCCAGAUGCUUCAAGAGGCCAUCCGGGAGAGGGAACAGCUCGAUGAGACGGCCGAAGAGAACAUUAAGCCAAGAUCUGCCCUCGAUUCCGUCCAGGACACUGCGGUCCGGCAGCGCCUUGAGCAUCUCCGCUUCCUCCUCGAAGAUAGCCAGUUCCCACCCGAACGGGCCAACAUCGAGGCUGCCAUCGCCGGCUACGAGUCCGGCGCCAUCCCCUGCUCGGACUCGUACACCCUGAUCUGGGCAGGCCGCAUCGUCGACCGCUGCCCGGACUUCGACUCCUUCACCGUCGACCGGGGUGCACGCUUGGACCGCUAUCUCGCCGAGUAUGGGCCGGGAUGGCUGUGGCACGAACCGCCGCUCUCGGGCGGCGCUGGAACCAUUCGUGGACCAACCGUCCUCGCCCAAAAGGGCCUCUGUCUCGAGAACAAGCCCAGCUGGCGGCGCCGGACGGAAAACAUGGGUCAUUACCGCGUGCACAUGGGGUUCCGGCGCCGCAAAGAGCGCGUAAUGCGCGCAGCCGCCGCCACCACCACCAAGCGUCGCCGGCGCUCCAUCCCAGGUCUCACCAGCCCUGCCACUCCCAUCACUCCCACCACUGCCCCACAACAGCCCGUGCCCACCGUGCCGGACCCCGACGGCCCGCGCAUCUUCUUCGACACGCUGCUCGACAGCGGCGCCACCCUCCCCUGCCUCUUCGAGUCCGACAUGUCCAAGCUGCGCAUCAGCCGGACGACCUACGCGGCCCAGUCGAGCCGCAUGAUCGCCACCGCCGACUCCAUGGUCCACCUGCGCGUGUACGAGCUCGACGUGGGCGUGUACGCCAGCCCGCCCUCCCCGGACGACCGGCCUGCUGCCGCAGCCGCCACCACCACUGGCACCACGGCAGAGGACGAGGAAGAAGAAGAAGAAGAGCCAGACGCGGAACGCGAACUGCGCAGCUGCACGCUCCCCGUGGUCGCCUUCCCCGGUGGGCCGCACAGCCCCAACGGCAGCAACGGCAGCGGCAACAGCUUCACCGCCGCCACCGCCGCCGCCGGCGGGGGGGGAACCGCCCACCCGGACGCGGCGCCGGACCGGCUCAGCGGGCUGCUGCCCUUCCACGCCUGCUACAUGUCGAGCGCGCCGGGCAACUUCAAGCUGUGGCUGGGCUCGGAGCGGCGGGACGUGCUGGGCGCGGGCCGGCUGCCGGGCCAGAUGCGGUUCGGCGAGGUCAAGGGGGCUGCUGCCGGGGAGGACGCGAGGAGGAAAGCGGCGACGGGGCGGCGGGCGGCGAAGACGCGGCGCGAGGAGGAGGAAGAACAGUGGUGGCUGGAGCAGCAGCCCCGGCUGGGCACGCCAAAGCGGGUGAUCUUCGAGCACGACCUGGCCGACGGCACGGGGAGGGUGCUGCGGGACGAGGAGGGGGAGGGCGGGAGCGUCAUCAUGAUGUGCGGGCCGGGCGGGACCGAGUCAGAUCAGGCUGGGAGUCGCGAUCCCGAGUCGGCGGGGAUUGAGGUGCUCCGCGUCGAAAGGAAGAGCUGGGCGUCGCAGCAGCGGCGGCGGAUGCCACCCAAGAAGUAUGCGAGGCAAACACCCAAGAGCGAGCCCACGGAGGAGAAGGUGUGA